AUGAGGAUCGCGCCCGCUGCGCCGCCCAUCCUGCGCCUGCCGCAAGAGCUGCUCGACGACACCCUAUCACGCAUCGAUCUCCACGCCGACCUCAUCAGCUUCGCCCUAGCUUCGAAAGCAUGCUCACGCCUCGUCAUUCCACGGCACAGUCAGUACCGAGUCAUCCGUGUCCGCCAUAUCUAUCCACACCUGUGGGAACACCUCGCAUGUCGCGCAGAUCUCGCCAUGGGCGUGCGUGCGGUGCACAUUUGCCUGAGGAAGGACUACACGGCGCCGGAUCACUGUCCGAGCACCCUUCUCAAAGGUUGUGCCUCGAGGCAGAAGGAGCCGGAUUGGGGCACCGUGGCCAGGAAUUUCGGGGCCGCUCUAAUGCACAUGCGGGAACUGCAUACCUUUACCUGGGCUUGGGACCAUUCAGCGGCGGCGUGGACUGUGGGCGAUAAAUUGGCUCUUGAGUACUGGGCAUUCGAUGCACUUGCACGCUUGCCGAGUUUAAAGCAUCUUGAGUUGUGCAAGUUCUUUAUUCUUCGAUUGCCAUCCUGGGUGGUGGAAGACCGCACAUACCCCUUGUGGAAUAUCACAAAUCUGACGUCUCUUUGUUUAUCCGGCGACACAUGGACCAAGCCCGACCACCGUCCUCACCUUGUAUCCCUCUUGCAGAAGUCGCCAAACUUGCGACACUUGGACAUUCCUAUGGAAUUCCAGCCUUUACCCUCGUUGCAUUUUCCGAAGCUCGAGGAACUCCGCCUGGUCCUCCAAUCCGGAUCUUCUUAUACCAUAGACGAGUCGCGGGCUCGGUUUAUUGAGCAGCAUCCCACAAUCACCAAACUGUGCUGGACGCCAAUCCUCUGCCCCCCGCUCUCCCCUAACUCCCUGCCUAACUUGCGCCUCCUGCGUUCUUCUGACGACGAUGUUAUUAGAACCCUUAACAGCGGCUCGUGCGUCCGCAUGCUCGAGAGCCUCGAAGUAAUGGUCCUCACGCGCGAGCUCUUGGACACCAUGUCCAAGUGCUUUGACCGGGGGUCCCUCAAGCGGAUCCGCAUACACAAUUUCGACGACCUGAUGACAUUGAGGGCUCUAGCCGUCACUUUCCCCGCGAUAACGCACCUCUCCGUGCCGCCGUACUUUAUACCGGAUAUCCGCAGGGCUGUCGACCUCCACCUGUGGAUGGAGCUGCUGUCUCUGUUCACGAAGCUUGAAGUCUUCCGUGGGUUGGGGAUAUGGCAGGCCGCCGACAUGAACAAGGCCCGCAUGCACCAAGCCAUCCUCAACGUAGUCGCACUAUGUCCGCACUUGCGAGAACUUGACCACUACCAGUUUAACACGAAGCGCCUCAACAACAACCGUAUCGUUGUAACCCGGGAAGUGACUGCAGACGAAGAACUUCGUAUUGAGUAUAGCAUUGAGAAGCCAAACUACUAG